UAUGCGGAAGUCAAUAAGCACCGAGCUGCUUCCUGAAAGUGCUGGGACUGUUCUGUAUAAACUGACACCUUCGGAUUGAUUUAUCAAACCAGCCAUGUCGAAGAACACAGUGUCCGAUCGAUUCAGAAAGGUUGAUGUGGAUGAGUACGACGAAAACAAGUUUGUCGACGAGGAGGAAGGCGGAGAAAAUCAACUAGGUCCGGAUGAGGCUGAGGUGGAUUCUCUCAUCAGAUCAGGUAACCUCAUGGGAGCCUUGCAGGCAGUCCUGAAGAAUCCACCCAUCAACACCAAGAACCAGAAUGUGAAGGACCGGGCUGAAGGCCUUGUAUUGAAAGUGCUCAGCUCUUUCAAGUCUAGUGAUAUUGAAAAGGCUGUUCAGUCUCUGGACAAGACUGGAGUCGAUCUCCUGAUGAAAUACAUCUACAAAGGCUUUGAAAGGCCCUCAGACAACAGUAGUGCCAUCCUACUGCAGUGGCAUGAAAAGGCUCUUUCAGCAGGUGGUGUGGGCUCUAUUGUCCGAGUGCUCACAGCCAGGAAGACUGUGUAAAUCUUCAUCACCUUAGCACCGUGGCAGGGUUGGCGGAGGGACUGGCUGGCACAACCCCUCGUGGUCUGGUUUCUGCCCACACUGCCAAACUGUGGAGGAUGUCCAGUCACUCACCUUUAAAAAAAAAAAAAAAAACAAACAAAAAAAAAAAAACGAUCAAACAUUACAGUACCAUUUGGAUUUCUUGCAGUGAAGAUAAGCACCUUGGAUCUAUAUUAACAGAAUGGUGAUGAGAAAAUGUUAUUGUUGACCUCAGUAGUUAUUAAGCACAGACAUUUUAGCUAUUAUCAAAGGAAACGUCUCUUUACUCAUCCGCUUCACAUAUUUCACAUUUUCAUACCUGUCCCGAUGUAAAGUCUCAACAGUAUAGAACAAACAGUAAAUGUAAUCACAUGACUAGUCAUGUGGCAUGAGAUGGUACUCUGGAGUUUGUAGUUUUAUGUUUUACUUAAAGGGAUAGUACACCCAAAAAUGAAAGCUAUGUCGUUUACUCACCCACAUGUUGUUCUAAACCUGUCUGACUGAUUUCUAUUUUUGGGGUCCAAACAACAUUCCAUGUUUUCUUUUGUGUUAAACAAAAGAAAGAAAGUCAAAUAGAUUAGUGUGAGGGUGAAUAAUUGCAAACAGCAUUUUCAUUUUUGGGUGAACUUUCCCUUUAAGAAGGCGAUCAAGCUUUUGUUUGUAGGAUUUUCACUUUACACUUUCUUCAUCUACUUCUUUUUAAAACAUAAUCAGAGUUGGUCAAUGGAACAUACCAACAUCAGUAUUUGCUUCCUUCUUGCAUGCAUUGCGUUAUAUAUAAGUUGAGAGCUGGUUGUUGAAUCUAGCCUUAUAUGAACACCUGUGCUUUCAAGAGGGAGAUUCCAGCUCAAGUUCUUGUGAUCAGAGUGCUUAUUUUCCUCCACAGUCUCUUCAGUAAUUCAUGCAGGUUCUAACAUCUCUUUUGUUUCAUAUCACACCCAGGAUCACGUUUUAAGAAACAAAAAAGGGAAUAACUUUUCUUAAGUUGCCAAAAAUGUUUUUAUUGUCAUAAUUGUUGAUUAAUACUAGUAUGUUUUUGUACUCUUUACAAAAACAAUGAGUUUAAUUUUUUAUAACGCUGAGUAUUAUUAGAUUGUCCAACAGAAGCUUAUGUAUAUUUUGAUCACAUCAUUUUUGAACUGUAUUAGAACAUGAUUAACAUCAACAUGUACUUUGAACUCGGACUUUAUGUCAGGUGCUGAUGAUAUAUAGCUAACCUCUGAGACACACACGUGUUUGUGUACUCUCACAAUUCCCACCAAACACGCAGCUAGCGCUCAAGCUGCAAUGGAGAAUUUUGCUUCCACUGUGGUCUGCUUGUUUUUGCCAUACUUGAAGCCAUACAUAAACUACCCAAGAAAGUCUCCACUUGUUCAGUUACGAUUCCAAGUGAAUGUUGAGUUUGCAUCACACCAGUCAAUCAUUUAAUUAAGUGCAAAAAUUAUGAAAUAGUUUACCAACUGCCUUAUAAGAUAUUCCUUUUAUAUUGUAUGGUCCUUUUGAAAAAUAAAUGAAAUGAAUAC